UUGAGGAAGUCGGCGCUCGCGGCAGCCGGUUCCCGUGGCUGCGCCAGGGCAGGAGCGCCGCGUCCCGAGCGGUGCCGAGCCCGCCCCGGCCCAGCUCCAGUCCAGCCGCCGCUCGUCCGCCUGCCCGCCGCCGCCAUGGCCACCCGCUCCUGCCGGGAGAAGGCGCAGAAGCAGAAUGAGCAGCACCAGGCCAUCCUGGCCAAGCUGCUGCGGGAGGAGGACAACAAGUACUGCGCGGACUGCGAGGCCAAGGGUCCAAGAUGGGCUUCUUGGAACACCGGUGUUUUUAUUUGCAUCAGAUGUGCUGGAAUACAUCGAAAUCUUGGGGUCCAUAUAUCAAGAGUCAAGUCUGUCAACUUGGAUCAAUGGACACCAGAGCAAAUACAGUGCAUGCAGGAAAUGGGAAAUACUAAAGCUAGACUACUCUAUGAAGCUAAUCUACCAGAGAACUUCCGAAGACCUCAAACAGAUCAAGCUGUGGAAUUUUUCAUCAGGGAUAAGUAUGAAAAGAAGAAGUAUUAUGAUAAAAAUGCAGUUAAUGCCUUCAAUAAGGAAAAAGAAAAAAAGAAAGAAGAGAAAAAGAGAGAGAGAGAAUCAGAAAAACCAUCAAAACAAUUAGCAGUUGAAAAGCCGCAGAAGAAAGAGGAUCAGCAAUCAGAAGCUAAAGCAAGUCCAAAAAAAUCAUCAGAACCCACUAUUGACCUUUUAGGACUUGAUGGUCCAGCUGAAUCAUCUGUUACAAAUGGAGGCACUGCUGCUGUCACAGCACUGAAUGAUGACCUGGAUAUCUUUGGUCCAAUGAUCUCUAAUCCUUUACCAGCAACUGCUGUACCUCCUGCUCAGAGCACUUCCACUAAACCAACAGCUGCCACCUUGUCUGCAGCAUCCGGGGAUCUCGAUCUGUUCACUGAGCAAACAACAAAAUCCGAAGAGUCGGCAAAGAAACAACUCUCCAAAGACUCCAUCUUAUCACUGUACGGCACAGGAACCAUGCAGCAGCAAAGUGCUCCAGGUAUGUUCAUGGGGUCGUCUUCUAUGCCAUUUACCACACAACCAUCAACUCAUUUUCAAGGCUUUCCAGCCAUGGGAGUUCCUGUGCCUGCAGCAACUGGGAUGAUGGGAAACAUGAUGGGACAAUCGGUGCCGGUCAUGGGACAGAGCACAGGAGUGAUGGUAGGAAUGGGAAUGCCAAAUGGAUUUACUGGUACUACACAAACUGGUGUGAUGGGACUUCCUCAAAAUGUCGUUGGACCUCAAGGUGGAAUGGUGGGACAGAUGGUCACGCCACAAAAUAAGUAUGGAUUGCAACAAAACCAACAAGCUCAAUGGAACCUCUCUCAGAUGAAUCAGCAAAUGGCUGGAAUGAAUCUCAGCAGUUCCAGCAAUGUGAUGGGCUUUGGCCAGCCCCCCAGCACAGCAGCAGGAUGGACUGGAAGCUCCUCUGGUCAGACUCUGAGCACACAACUGUGGAAAUGAAAGUUGGGAUGGAAGCCUCACCCAGAACAGCCACCUAACACAUUCCUUGUUCCAAUGCGUUUACUUUCGCUGUUCCUUCCAUGUACAUACUCAUUUUCUUUUUCCCCAGCUGUUCAGAUUAAGAAUAUAACUGACUGACCGUGUUGUGGUCUAUAUUGAUUUAAAUUUGAUGUAGUGAAAAGCAGAUCAAGAAUACAUUUAUACAUCAUUGGCAGCGUUUUCAUACAAUGCAUAUGAUUUCAUAGACCGUAUAUUUAAGAAGCUGCUUAACCACGUACUGAUUUUUUUUCCCUCAAAAUUCUAGAUCAAAUGUUUGCAUAUAAGGGAUGUAGCUAUCAUGUUAGUAAUAUCCAAAAAUAUGAACCCUGACCUCCCCAAAUUACCCAGUAAUCCUGUAGAAGGUACUGUAUGAACAAAUGUUUAAUCAUAUAUAAAUAGAAUGUAAAUGUAUCACUGAGCAAUGUUUUCUAGUGUAUCAAACAAAUUUUGUUUCAUCAUACAUUUCACUGUGAUGUUAUUAUGGUGUGUGUAACAGGGAAUAUGGUUAUUGAAAGAAAGAUAAACCUGGAUGUUACUGUAGUUCUACAAAUCAAUAGUUUAUUCUUUUAAAAAUGAGCGUUUCCAUUUGAGUUUCCUGUGAUGAAGUACCCAACCUGGCUCACGAGGCACGUACACAGUAUUACUGCUGGGAACUAGCGGCACAAUACGUAUACUAAGUAACUUGGUGUGAACAGAGAGAUUUUUUUCCUUGCAGGGAUAUCCAGGUUUAUGACAGUGAUUGUGUUUACAUUUUAUGGUGCCUCGUAAUGAUAAAAUGUUAUUUCCCUAUAUUAAAAGGAUAAAUCCAUAAA